AUGGGGAACCUUUUCAGAAGGGACAUCGUGCUCCUGAUGGCGCUUCUCUCCGUCGCCGGAUCUCUGCCGAGGCGCAGCCCAUUAGACGGCCCGCACCUGAAGAGAUUUAAACGUCAACUUCGAGCAACGAAGACCGAGCUGAAAAUCAGCAGCCUCUACAUUCAGUCGACCAUAGUAUCCCGCUAUGCCCAUACCAAGGUGCAAACUCUUAUGGUCAAUCCUCACGCCGAGUCCAAGGAAGCCAUCUUUGAGUUGGAGCUGCCCAGUUCUGCCUUCAUAUCUAACUUCACACUCACAGUGAACGGUAAGACGCAUGUAGCAGAAGUCAAGGAGAAACAUCAGGCUAAGAAGAUGUACGAUGAGGCAAGGCGACAGGGGAAGACCACAGCCCACGUAGGAACGAGGGACCGAGAGACCGAGAAGUUCCGUGUUUCAGUGAAUGUGGAGUCCGGAGGUGAAAUAACCUUCGCUCUUACAUACGAGGAGCUGCUGAGAAGACAGCUGGGAAAAUAUGAGCACGCUGUCAGCGUGAGGCCCGGUCAGAUAGUCCAGAACCUCACCGUGCAGGUGACCAUCUCUGAAAGGACAGGGAUGGAAUAUGUCCGAGUGUUGCCUCUGCGUACCAGCCGACUGAUCACCAACGCUGUUCGAGGGGAGACAAAAAUGCCUCCAUCCACGGAGGUAGAGAAGAGCCCUCACUGUGCCCGCGUCACAUUCAGCCCAACUCCAAAGGAACAAGCUGCCCAGUCCAGCACCGGCAUCGCAGCAGAUUUUGUUAUCCAGUACGACGUGGCCUUGAAAGACCUUGCGGGAGAUGUUCAGAUAUACAAUGGAUAUUUUGUUCACUACUUCGCACCGCGAGGACUUCCAACCAUCCAGAAAAAUGUUAUCUUUGUCAUUGACGUCAGUGGGUCAAUGUUCGGCACUAAAAUGAAACAGACAAAGAGUGCCAUGUUCGUCAUCUUAAAUGACCUCCACCGGGAUGACCACUUUAACAUCAUUACCUUCUCAGAUGUGGUGCAGGCCUGGAGACCCGGCACUUCCAUCCAGGCCACAGCUCAGAAUAUCAAGAGUGCAAAGGAGUAUGUCAAUAAGAUUGAAGCUGAUGGAUGGACGGAUAUUAAUGCUGCACUUCUGGCUGCUGCUUCUAUCUUUAACAAGACAUCAAGUAAAGCAGAGAAAGGAGGCACCAAGCAGAAGAUCCCUCUAGUCAUAUUCCUGACAGAUGGCGAGGCCACCUCAGGGGUAACAUCUUCCGCUCGCAUUCUCGAAAACGCCCAUAAAGCCCUGGGAGGAACCAUCUCUCUUUUCUGCCUUGCAUUUGGCGAUGACGCCGACUACAACCUCAUGCGCCGACUCUCCCUGGAAAACCGCGGCAUUGCCCGCCGCAUCUAUGAAUAUUCUGAUGCCACCCUGCAGCUGAAAGGAUUUUACGACGAGAUUGCAAGCCCUCUCCUCUUUGACAUCGAAUUGGCUUACCUUGGGGAAACUGCCCAGAAUGUGACACAGACCCUAUUUCCCAAUUACUUUGAGGGGUCGGAGUUGGUUGUCGCUGGUAAAGUAAAGCCAGGAGCAAAAAACCUUCAGGUUCGGAUGACUGCUCAUAAUCAGAAAGAGAGGCUGAGUCUAGAAAAUGACAUCUCUGUGGUGGACAAUGCUACAGAGGCCAGCUUCGGGUGUUCAGGCAAUGUGGAUGAAAUUCAGUGGUUCGUCAAGAGGCUUUGGGCCUACUUCACAAUCCAGGAUUUGUUGCAGGCCAGGAUUAAAGCCAACGACACUGUGGCCCGAAAGAUACUCACAGAGAAGGCUACUAACUUAUCUCUUAAAUACAACUUUGUGACACCUGUUACUUCUCUCAUAGUAGUGAAGCCUGAUGACCCAGAUGACCCCAAAACAACCACAGCUACAACUACUGCUAUUCCUAGCACUGCAACUACACCUUUAACUGCUUCACCCCAGCCUACCGUGACUACCACUUCUCCAAGAGCCAAGAUGACAACCACAGCCCGACUAACGAAACCAGUCACUAAACCUCCAAAGCCUUCAACAACUGCCAAGAUAAGCGCAACCAAGUCAACCACUUCUAGGGCAACAAUUUCCCAGAUCACCGUAACCAGGGGUCAGUCUGGUGUAACGCAAGGAUUGACGACAAGCAAUACUUUAGAAAAACUCACAACAAAGGCUUCAGUUUCUGCUCCAUCUCUGACAACGAGUUCAGUUAUUCAUCACAAUACUAAUUCUCUACCCACCAGCACGCUUCACCCAAGCAGUUUGGUUCCAACAGGAACAACAUUAACCAGGACAGAGAAACUUCCUAGAACUUCCAUCGGCUCCGAGAACCAUACUAAUUCUUUGGUUUCAACAGGAACAACAUUGGCAAGGACAGAGAAACUUCCUAGAACUUCCAUCAGCUCCGAGAACCAUACUAAUUAUUUGGUUUCAACAGGAUCAACAUUGACCAGGACAGAGAAACUUCCUAGAACCUCCAUAAGCUCAGAGAACCAUACUAAUACUUUGGUUUCAACAGGAUCAACAUUGACCAGGACAGAGAAACUUCCUAGAACCUCCAUAAGCUCAGAGAACCAUACUAAUACUUUGGUUUCAACAGGAUCAACAUUGACCAGGACAGAGAAACUUCCUAGAACCUCCAUCAGCUCGGAGAACCAUACUAAUUCUUUGGUUUCAACCAGUGUUCCUACUGUCACAGUUACAGAAAGCGCACAAGAGACGACGACGGGUACUCUUUCUGCCUCUUCAUACGGCACCGCAUUCACCACUCCUGGGGAAGGGGUCGUGGAAGGCGUAGAAGAGUUUCAUACUACAUCCUUCCCUGUAAACCCCACUCACCCCAGGCUUCUUAUUCUUCCCGAGGACACUGAACUUUUGCCUGGUACAUUUUCAUAUCCAAAUUUCGUGGAGUCACUCAACCCACCCCCUGUCUACAGCUACUUUGAGGAGAUUACAGGAGUCAGCAGUAAAACAUAUUCUACUGAAGAUUCCGAUUACGAAAUGAUAGUAGACCCAUUCAUGGAACCAGAUAUUGACUAUGAUGUAUCUGUUGGUGCACCUAUGCUUCAGACCUUCAUGUCCUCUGUUGAUGGAGAUCCACAUUUUGUGGUGAAUUUACCUCAGAUCCAGGAGAAGUUGUGCUUUACUCUAGAUGGACGGCCGGGGGACACUUUAAAACUCCUCACUGACCCAGUUACAGGUAUCACCGUGAGCGGUCAUUUGACAAAGGCUCCACCACGAAUCGGCCAUGAGGACCGGCUACGAACCUACCUCAACGUUGUAACCGUCAACGUCAACCAGCCGCGCUCCAACUACAUCAUCAACGUAACUUUGGACAGCUUGACACUCAGAGGGGAGAAGGAACUCACUCUCCCAGUUAAUCGUCCUGCUCUGCUACGAAAGCCCAGGCUGGCCGUAAGAAUAUUUCCUUCCAGCAACAUCACCGUAUGGAUCGGGCGCAAUGUGGAGCUGCUGAUCAUAUUCCAUCACUACCAGCACCCAACGUACCUACAGCUGAACCACCUGGGUUUCUACAUAGUCAAAGGACACGGCUUGUCGUCCAGCUCUGGAGGGUUGUUAGGUCAAUUCCAACACAGCCGCAUGGAAGUCGCUGAGCGGAAGCAGAGCGAUGAUCUGACCCUCUCGGCGGUCCUGAAGAGAAACGAUCGCACGGCUCCCGCCGUUCUUGCUGUAAGACCGCUGAAAGACUCCGCGGCCCAGACACACAUGUCCAAGUGUUGGCUGGUCAAACACGCAGAAGUCGAGCAAAUUCUAGAUGGACCUUAUAUGUCCUAUGUGGCCUCUGGAGAUGUAAAGGCCCCAGUAGGACGCAUGGACUCCAUUGUGUAA